AAUAGAGAAGAGAAAGCGAAAGAAUGGAAUCAUCAGGGCAAUGGCUGGAAAGAGCAUUACUGGAGCUAUGUAACAAGAUAGAGACUGGUCUUGAUUUAGAUGCUGAGAUUAUAUCUGGGCUCGUCUCCUAUUGCGAGCUUGCUCCUCCUCUCGAUGCUAAAGAAUAUCUUGAUAAUAUCAUAGGUCAGGAAGCUGGAAGAAGUGUGACGAAUGAAUAUUUGAGACGGAGAGGUCAUUCAGAUGUAUACCACACUACUCAAGGUACUUCUACUUCCAAAUUGCAAGCAUAUGUAAAGCCCCCUUCAGGUGAUAGUCUGGCAGCUGGAACUAAAAAACAAGUGCGAGCACCGAAAGAAAGUAAAGCCUCAAGUAAGCAGGGGAGUCAGAGCACAGCUGGGACAUCAAAUGGACGAAACGUACAAAGAGGAAGUCAAGGAAACUCUACGACAACAACAACAACUGCACCUCAACCCCAAGCAAGUCAAAGAAACUCUAGAAAGAAAAAAUCUGACAAAGUUGUUUCGCUUGCUGAGGCUGCAAAAGGGUCCAUUGUAUAUCAACAGGGGAAGCCAUGCUCAUGCCAAGCCCGUCAACACAGGCUGAUUAGCAAUUGUCUAUCUUGUGGAAAGAUAGUAUGUGAACAGGAAGGUGAAGGGCCUUGUAACUUUUGUGGUGCACUUGUGCUAAGGGAAGGAAGC